CCAAUGUUUCUUCUGCUGACUAUUCUGGCAACCACUGCGGUUGUCCCUUCCUACGAACAAUACGCUGAACUUGGGCAAAGCAAGUAUGAUGACGCUGAAAUAGUCAAAGCCAUAGACUACUACACCGAACUUGCAAAGCAACAACGAAAGACGAUAGAGCUACUGCAGGAGGAGCCUGUCUGUUACACCGACGUCGGUUGCUUUUCCCGGCGGGACCGCAUGACCCAUCCGAUAGCUCUGCCCCAGGACCCACGAGACGUGGGCACGCAGUUCCACGUGUACAGCCGGCGCAACAACGACAUUCCGACAGUGUUUAUGGAAACAGGGCCGAAAUCGAUCGCUUCCUAUGCUCAUAUAUUCCGGGAACCGAGGAAACUGGUGGUCCUCAUACACGGAUUCACGCAGUCCGUAGGUUCUCGGUGGCUCCAUUACACCAAGGAGGCUCUGCUCAAGAAGGAGGACGCCAACGUCAUACUGGUCGACUGGGCUAACGGCUGUCGCGCCCCGCACUACUUUGCGGCGGUGGGCAACAGCGCACUCAUCGGGCGCCAAGUGUCACUGGCACUGCAAUCAUUGGUGCACCAGUUUCCCGAAGCUGUGGAUCCGGCCAACAUACACGUAAUCGGCUUUAGCCUAGGCGGCCAAGCGUGUGGCUUCUGCGGCCGCCACUUUCUCAACACGACCGGACGCAGUUUGGGCCGCAUCACUGCUCUAGAUCCGGCUGGACCUCUCUUCGAGGAGAGCGAUGUCCACGUGAGCACGGCGGAUGCGAACUUCGUGGACAUCAUCCACACCAGUUACGGGUGGAAUGUGCUCAAGGGGGACCUCGGCAUGCAGACUGCCGCCGGCCACGUGGACUUUUAUCCCAAUUUCCAUCAAAGGCAACCUGGUUGCGACACUUUUAGUCUUUCAUGCCGUCACCGUAGGGCGCACAUAUAUUUUGUCGAAUCCCUCCUGAAUGAAGCAUGCAAGUUUGUGUCCACUUCAUGCCGGCCGAAUGUUACCGACCCACGAUGUGACCAACUUCCCAGGGGCGAAAUGGGCUACGACAGCGAAAAUGCAGGUGGACGUGGUGAACAAUUCCUGACAACGAACAGCGAACCACCUUUUUGUCGGCCAGAGGAGCCGGACAGUGAACUUCCCCGGCGGCUACGCCAAACAGCAGCCUCAAUAAAACGAUAAUAAAUCAAUGUCGUGGCCGUA